AUGCGACAUGUGUCUUUGCUCUUCGCGCUCGCAGCCCUUCCAUUUCACGCCCGAGCGGGUUAUCAAUUGAAUUCUUCACGAAAUGUGGCUGUCUACUGGGGGCAAAACUCCUUUGCCCAAAGUAGCGGUUCCGUCUCUCAGCAACGCCUUUCAUACUAUUGCUCGAGUAGAGAGAAGAUUAUACCACUUGCUUUUUUGAAUGGAAUGGGCCCCCUAUCACUGAACUUGGCGAAUGCCGGCAACAAAUGUUCCCCUUUCUCCGACAAUCCCAAACUCUUACAAUGUCCCCAAGUCGAGCAAGAUAUCAUUACCUGCCAACAGGUCUACGGCAAGACUAUCUUACUGUCCAUAGGUGGCGCCACAUACAGUCAAGGGGGUUUCCAAACUGCCGAAGAAGCAUUUAAUGCUGCUCAUGCAGUUUGGGAGAUGUUUGGCCCUGUUUCCCCCAGCAGCUCCGGUAGUCGUCCAUUCGGUUCCGCAGUAAUUGAUGGAUUCGACUUUGACAUCGAGAGUCCGGUCAGUAACAUGCCCGUCUUCGGAAGCGAGCUAAGAAGACUUAUGGAUCGAAGCACGGCUGCGAGUGGAAAACGCUUUUAUCUCUCGGCAGCUCCGCAGUGUCCGUUUCCUGACAUGUUUAACCAGGAGCUUCUGGGUGCUGUAGAGUUCGAUGUCGUCAUGAUCCAAUUUUACAAUAAUUACUGUGGCGUCGACUCCUUCGCUCAAGGUUCCGCAACACAGAUCAGUUUCAACCUUGAUGUUUGGGACAACUGGGCACGCAACAGUUCUCCCAAGUCGAACACCAAGGUCAUGGUUGGUAUUCCAGCGGCCCCAGGUGCUGCUGGUAGGGGAUUUGUAGAGGGUGCUCAACUGAAGGAGGUGAUUCGUUUCAGCAAAAGAUUUCCGAGUUUUGGCGGAGUGAUGAUGUGGGACAUGUCGCAGCUCUACGGUAAAACCGGUUUCCUUGAAGAGAUUAACACAGAUCUGAACACUUGA